ACUAUUGUUUUCCCUUUACAGUCUGAGCUGAGGGACCGCGCUGCAGGCUGCUACCAGGAUGGGGUCCCUGUUCCGGAGCGAGGAGAUGUGUCUGACGCAGCUGAUCCUACAGGUGGAGGCCGGGUACUGCUGCAUCGCUGAGCUGGGGGAACUGGGGCUGGUCCAGUUCAGGGAUCUGAAUGCCUCCAUCAACAACUUCCAGCGCAGGUUUGUCAAUGAGGUGCGGCGUUGCGAGGGGAUGCAGCGGAUUCUGCGAUUUUUGGAGUGUGAGAUGCAAAAUGAUAAAAUCAACAUCAGGAUCCCUGAAAAGACGCCGCAGACCCCACUCCCCCGAGAGAUGAUUGACCUGGAGACAGUCCUGGAGAAGCUGGAAGGGGAACUGCAGGAGGUGAACCACAACCAACAGACCCUGAAACAAAACUUCCUGGAGCUGACGGAGCUGAAGCAUCUCCUGAAGAAGACUCAGGAUUUUUUUGAGGCUGAAGCAAACCUCCCAGAUGAUUUCUUUAGUGAAGAUACCAGCAGUCUCCUGGAACUCCGGACGGUGCCCUCCGCCGCGGCUGCGGGCAAGUUGGGGUACACCGCUGGGGUGAUCGGGAGAGAGCGCAUGGCCUCAUUCGAGAGGCUGCUGUGGAGGGUCUGCCGGGGGAAUAUCUACGUGAAGUAUAGUGAGCUGGACACCACGCUGGAGGACCCGGUCACUAAAGAGGAGGUGAAGAAGGACGUAUUCAUCAUAUUCUACCAGGGCGACCAGCUCAAGCAGAAGAUAAAGAAAAUAUGUGAGGGUUUUAAAGCGACCGUCUACCCGUGCCCUGAGUCGGCGACUGAACGUCGGGACAUGGUCGCUGAUGUGAACACCAGGAUCGAAGACAUGAAUGCGGUCAUCACCCAAACCGAGUCCCACCGACAGCGCGUCCUGCUGGAGGCGGCUCAGAGUCUGUCAAACUGGGUGGUGAAGGUGACGAAAAUGAAGUCGGUCUACCACGUGCUGAACCUGUGCAACAUCGACGUCACCCAGCAGUGCGUCAUCGCCGAGAUCUGGUGCCCGGUGGCCGACAAAGAGCGCAUCAAGCGGGCGCUCCAGCUGGGAACGGACCGCAGCGGAUCCACCAUCGCCCCCAUCCUGACCAGUAUACCCACAAAGAUUGAGCCGCCAACCUUCAACCGGACCAACAAGUUCACCUCCGGCUUCCAGGGCAUUGUGGACGCGUACGGUGUCGGGAAUUACAGGGAGAUGAACCCAACCCCUUACACCAUCAUCACUUUCCCCUUCCUCUUCGCGGUGAUGUUUGGCGAUUGCGGACACGGCAGUGUCAUGCUGGGAUUUGCGGCCUGGAUGGUUUUGAAUGAGAAAUGGCUUUUAGCUUCAAAGAGUGACAAUGAGAUCUGGAACACGUUUUUCGGAGGGCGAUACCUGAUAUUCCUCAUGUCCAUAUUUUCCAUCUACACCGGAUUCAUCUACAACGACUGCUUCUCCAAAUCAUUCAACAUAUUUGGGUCGUCCUGGAGGGUUCGCCCCAUGUUCAUUAACAACACCUGGAAUGACCACCUGUUAGAGCAAGGCCUCUCCUUGCAGCUGGACCCCGCUGUGCCUGGCGUCUUUUCUGGGAACCCAUAUCCCUUUGGGAUCGACCCGAUCUGGAACAUUGCGAGAAACAAGUUGACCUUCCUGAACUCCUACAAGAUGAAGAUGUCAGUCAUACUGGGCAUCACACACAUGGUCUUCGGGGUGCUAGUUGGCCUCAUGAACCACAUAAACUUCAGGAGACACAUGAAUAUCAUCCUGCAGUUCAUCCCGGAGAUGAUAUUCAUCAUAAGUCUCUUUGGCUACCUGGUCUUUAUGGUCAUCUUCAAGUGGUGCCGCUUCAACGUAUACAACUCUCAGAAGGCUCCCAGUAUCCUCAUUCACUACAUCAAUAUGUUCCUCUUCAACUACAACGACCCAACCAACGGCCCGCUCUACGAGCACCAGAAAGAAGUGCAGAGUUUCCUGGUUAUAUUUGCGCUAAUCGCCGUUCCCUGGAUGCUCCUGAUAAAGCCUUUCGUCCUAAGAGCCAAUCACAUCAAGGCGCAACGCAUGCUGCACUCAUCAUCCUUACCUGAGGAUAAUAUUGAGAUUGGCGAGAUAGAAAAUGUGCAAACAAACCACUCCAAGGAGGAGAAAAAGGAGAAGGACGGUGGAAAACACGGAGACCAGGGAGGAGGACACGGAGAUCAGGGAGGAGGACACGGAGGACAUGGGGACGAGGAGUUUGAUUUUGGAGAUGUAUUUGUUCACCAAGCCAUCCACACCAUAGAGUACUGCCUGGGCUGCAUCUCCAACACCGCCUCCUACCUGCGGCUCUGGGCUCUGAGUCUGGCCCAUGCAGAGCUGUCCGAAGUGCUGUGGACCAUGGUGAUGCACAUUGGCCUGUCCAGCGCGAGCUGGGGAGGGCUUAUCGGUGUUUUCAUCAUUUUUGCUAUCUUUGCCGUUCUAACGAUUGCCAUCCUACUGAUCAUGGAGGGGCUGUCCGCCUUCCUGCACGCACUCCGUCUCCACUGGGUGGAGUUCCAGAAUAAGUUUUACGUCGGCACCGGACACAUGUUCAGCCCGUUCUCCUUCCAGCGCAUCUUGGAUGGAACUGUGGAUAAUUAAACUGAGGGUCGUCUCCGCGCCAAUUGUACCUUUAUAUUAAUAAAUGCAACAGAGACAUCCGUCGUCAAUAAAUCUGGAUGAUUUACAAUAAAAUUAAGUGCAUAUGAAUUUA